AUGGAUGGUAAAUAUAAUCAAACUUAUUUAAGCAAAAAAAAAGAGUCUGCUGCUUUUACGGAAGAUUCUGUUACCUUUAUUGAAAAUUCUAGUGGCUCUGUUACCUUUGCUGGAGGUUCUAUAUCCUUUGCAAAAGAUUCUAAUGCUACAUUUGCUGAAGGUUCGGUUGCUUUUAAGGAUGAUUCUGAUACCAGAAGUUCUGUUGUUCUUGUCAGAAAAUCUGAUACUUCUAAAAAAGAAAUUGAAAAUAAAAAGCGCGUUGAGCUUGAUAAUGAUAGGAUAGUUCAACAUUGUACAUUUGAAUGCAGUUUUUCUGAUAAACUAACUUUUAAUCAG